AUGGCUGCCACGUCGCUGGGGCCUUCCCGGUGGGCCCGCCGGUCAACCGCGAGAGGCUUCCUCUGGGAUGGUCGCACUGCCAGUGGUGAUCCUCUUUCUCCGUCUCGGGCGGAAGAUGUGGCGGCGGAAGCCCACUACUCCGCCCUCCUGCAGAGGUGCGCCGCCGUAGCGUCGGAGCCGAAGCUUGGCGGGGCCAUCCAUGGCGGUCUCCUCAAACGCUGCAUCCUCCCCUCCUCCCUCUUCCUCCAGAACCACCUACUCAACGCCUACUUUAAGUGCGGCGACGUCUCCUCGUCCCUCCGCCUGUUCGAAGAAAUGCCCCAGAGGAACGUGGUUUCCUGGUCGGCCGCGAUCGGGGGCCUCGUACAAGGUGGCCUACCGGAGAAGGCGCUCUCCCUCUUCCUCGAGAUGCGGCGCGGCGGCGCGAGGCCCAACGAGUUCACUCUCGUGAGCUCCCUCAAUGCCUGCACGUCCAGCGGAGACCUCGACCUAGCGCGCCAGUUCUACGCCCAAGUGAUCCAGUUAGGGUUCGAAGCCAACGUGUUCUUGAUGAACGCUUUCCUCACGGCGUUGCUGCGGAACAGGCGGCUAGCGGAGGCCGUGGAGCUGUUCGAGAAAUUUCACGGCAAGGACGUGGUCUCCUGGAACACCAUGAUCGCCGGCUACCUACAACUCUCAUACUCAGACGUGUGGGGCUUCUGGUGCAGAAUGAACAGAGAAGCUGUUCCUCCCAAUGAGUUCACAUUCAGCAGCAUCCUCACCGGAUUGGCUGAGACCGCUAGCUUGAGACACGGCCUGCAAGUUCACGCGCAGCUAGUCAAGUACGGCUACGGGGACGACACCUGCGUGGGCAACUCCCUGGCCGACAUGUACCUGAAGAACCAGUCACUCCCCGACGGCCUGAAGGCUUUCGACGGAAUGCUCCACAGAGACGUAGUCUCCUGGACCCAGAUGGCAUCUGGCUGCGUCCAGUGCGGAGACCCAGGCAGCGCUCUGCGAGUCCUAAAGGGGAUGAUGCUCGCCGGCGUCAAGCCCAACAGAUUCACUCUAGCGACGGCAUUCAACGCCUGUUCCAGCCUGGUUUCCCUCGAAGAAGGGAGGAAGACCCACGCCCUGAGGAUCAAGCUGGGGGAAGACGCCGCGGACCUCUGCGUGGAUAACGCCCUGAUCGACAUGUACGCCAAAUGCGGCUGCAUGGAGGGAGCGAUGGCGGUUUUCCGGUCGAUGAGGGGUCGGUCGGUGAUCUCCUGGACGACCAUGAUCAUGGGCUUCGCUCAGAAUGGGCUUCCUCGAGAGGCCCUCGAAGCUUUCAAGGAGAUGGUAUCGGAACGGGUGGAGCCGAACUACAUCACCUUCAUCUGCGUCCUCUACGCCUGCAGCCAAGGAGGGCUCCUCGAAGAAGGAUGGGAAUACUUCGGAUCCAUGGCGAGAGACCACGGAGUAGAACCUGGAGAAGAUCAUUAUGCUUGCAUGGUGGGGCUCCUCGGCCGUGCCGGGCGGAUCGCAGAGGCCGAGGCUCUGAUCGAGAGCAUGCCCUUCCGGGCAGGCGCUCUGGCCUGGCAAACCCUGCUUGCGGCCUGCCGGGUCCACGGAGAUGCCGAGACCGGUCAGAGAGCGGCAGAGAGAGCCCUCUCUCAGGAUAGGGAGGACCCAUCGACCUACGUUCUACUGUCCAACACUUUCGCUCACCUCAGGGAUUGGAACGGUGUGGGGAGAGUCAGAGGCCUCAUGGAGAACAGCGAGGUGGAGAAAGUUCCGGGUUGCAGUUGGAUCGAGGUCAUGGGUAGUAGCAGUAAUGCUUACACUUGA